AUGGAGUGUUCCAACUGCAAGAAGGUACUCAGUACCAAGCAAAGACUGCGGUAUCACGUUGAAAAUGGUGUUUGUAUGAAGAAACCCGCCAGUAGGGUUUGCAUAGAUUGUAAUAGGGAAUUCAGUACCUUGCAGAAACUACAGCAGCAUGUUAAGAAGGGCAUUUGCCGUAGAACAACAGAAUGUAGUUACUGUGCUAAGGUUCUUAGUAGUCGUCAGCGUUUACAAACGCAUAAAAAGAAACAUGAGAAAAUAUAUCAAUACUUCUUUACAAAGUACGAUUUAGAAGGAGUGGAUUGUUACCAAUGCGGAGAUAUUAUGAGUCGUUGUGAGCAUAAAGAUGAUUAA